AUGUCCCACUUGCUCCCCUUUUUUUUCCGCUUUGCCCUUCUGGAGUUUUUUUUUUUUAAUUUACUGUUGGUCCCCCGACGAUCUUCUCCGAGCGGCAAACCGGAUGCCAGAUUCUCUAUCUCUCCAUCCGUCGUGAAAGGUUGCAGAAGUUUAGGAUUCAUGUCUUCGAAUACCUCGGCGGACGAGGUGGUGGCCGCCCAUGGCAUCGACCUCAACUCUGCUGCCACCGCAGAACCCUCUCCGGAGGCGGUGUCUAUUCCCAUCGUUGAUGCCCCCGGUGGAUCCGUUUCAGAAACCCUAAAGGGGGUGGAUUGUUCGAAAACAUCGAGCGGUGGAGACCAACGUUUCUAUCAGAGCGGGGAGGCGAAGGAUCCCCUUUUGGAUGCAAAACCUGAUUUUGAGGAGGAAGGCGAUGGUCUUGCUGGGAAAGGAGUUCAGGAAGCCGAUUCGCGACCUGCUGGCGAGGCUUUCGUUGCAGAGAUGGAUGUUGUUAGGAAAGAUUUGGACUUGGCUGUUCCUUGUGCCGAGGCAGAGUGUUUGGAUGAGAGUUCGGUAGUGGAAAAUGCGGGAAGAAACGAUAGAAAUGGAGAUUUUGUUGCGGCUGAUGUGGGUGUUGAGAAGGGUGUCAACGAAGUGGAAGCAAAGAGCGCAGAGGUGCCUCUAGUUGACGGGAAGGCAAAUGAUAAGGCUGUUGUUACGGCUGAUGUAAGAUUCAAUGUGGUGAUGGCUGACGAGAAUGCUGAAGAAGAUUCGAAGCUGGGUGUGGAAAUUGGUGCAGCUAAGGCUGUAGAGGUAGCAAAUGCUUCUGCUUUCCUGUCCAAUGUAAUUGAAGAUGCUUCUCCUGAUAACAAUGGCGGCAGCCAAAAGACUGGGGUGGUUCAAAGGUCGGAGGUUGAUGAAAAGUUUCCUGAAGUGAAGGAUAAUACGGAAGGUUGUAAUAUGGACAUGGGUACUGGUGGGGUCCAGAAUGUGCAAGCCAGGGAACGAGAAAUGUCAAAAAGCAGAGAGAAACAAAGGCAGCGAGCUUCUGAUGCGGAGAAGAAUGAGCAUGUCAGGUAUCACUAUGCCUUCCAAGAUGAAAAGAAGGAUGGUUUUUAUGUUUCGGAUAUGGUUUGGGGUAAAGUGAGGAGCCACCCAUGGUGGCCUGGACAGAUCUUUGAUUCCUCGGAUGCAUCAGAGAUGGCAUUGAAGCAUGAGAAGAUGGACCACUAUCUGGUAGCAUAUUUUGGAGACAAAACUUUCGCUUGGCGCGAUGAGUCUCACCUGAAACCUUUCCAUACAUACUUCUCGCAGAUGGAAAAGCAGAGCAAUUUGGAUGCCUUUGUGACUGCUGUUGAUGAUGCCCUGGGGGAAGUCUCAAAGCGAAUAAAGUUGGGGAUGACAUGCCAUUGUUUAGCUGAUGAAUCUUGUGCUGAUAUGAAGCACCAGAAGGUCGAGAAUGCAGGGAUACGGGAAGGGACAUGUAGUCUUCCCAUUGACAGUUCUUUGGUUGCAAGCAUGUUUCAACCCACCAGCUUCCUCGAUUAUAUUCGAGCAUUAGCUCAGUUCCCAAAUGCAGGAGCUGACAGACUUGACUUCCUGAUAGCCAAGGCUCAGUUGAGGUCCUUUUAUCGUUCAAAACCUUAUACUGAAAUUCCUUUAUGUGUUAUUGGUGGAGGGCUGGAGAAUGAUGUGGAAGCUUCACCAGCUAGGAAAAGAAAAUUGGAUCAUGAUGUUUUUGAUUUCUCAGCUUCAGUUUCUUCAGACUCUACUUCUGGAAAGGGAAAAUCAAGAGGUAGAGGGAGACCUCGUAAGCAGAAAAAUAUUUUGGAGGAUGGUAGAAAGCAGAAGAGACUGUCCGAGCUGAUGGAAGAGAAAAUUGUUCCUCAUCAUGGAGAUAGUGGUAGAAAUGGAUCUGGAGCUAGAGCAUCUUCACGUUCAUCAGGUAGCAAACGUAAAGUUGUUGAUUCUGAUUCUACCGGCUCUGGGAAGGGUAAGAAGAAAAGGCUUGACUCACUAGGGGAUUUAGAAACUAAAUCACGAUCUCCAGCUCGUAAAAGAUAUUCCAAGGUUGGAGCAUGCAUGCGUCAAGUUGCUGUCCUGAUGACAAGAUCAACCCCUAUUCUUCCUAAAUGCGAUGGUGAAACAUUCCAGAAGAGCCCAGCCAAGGUGAACAGGAGAAGAGGUGAUGCUGUGGAUGACCCUCAUACACAUGUGGAGACUCGAAAAGUGAAAACAGGUGCCUUAAAGGGCAUUCCCUUCCCUAGUGAAAUGCUGUCACAGCUCUACUUGGUUGCUAGGGAUCCCAGGAAGGGACACAGUUUUCUGUCCACGAUAGUCAGCUUCUUCACUGAUUUUAGGGACUCAGUUGCAUCUAUUUCUUUCAAAAGUAAGAAAUUCGUGGAGGCGUUGGGGACAAAAAGGGGUAGAAGGAGAGCAACCAACUCUAUGUCAGCCUCUUCAGAGAUGUUCCAGCAUGACUUUGUGCAGGAUUCUUAUUGGCCUGAUAUUAUAUUUAGUGAAAUCACUGAAAAAGUAACGGUAUCUAGCGAUCGGAAAAGAAAACGAGAAUCUGUGAUGGAGAGGCAAAAGAAACAGAAGCCCACAGAGGAGAUAUCAUUCUCUGUUCCCUGCUCUGUGUUGGACACUCCGCAACAUUUGCAGGUUGGUUCCACAGGCAUUGAUAAUGGACAAGAAGUGACAGCUGAAAGACCAAUGAACAAUUCAGAGGAAAAUAUUGAGGACUGCACGCCCACUGCACUGCUCUUGAGUUUUAAUGAGUCGAAUGCACUUCCUUCUGAAAGCGAUCUCAUCCGUAUUUUUGGUCGCUAUGGACCUCUUAGGGAAGCAGAGAUAGAAGUUCUGGAAAAGGCAAACCAUGCUAAGGUUGUCUUCAAGAGGCGUGCUGAUGCAGAAGUAGCUUUCAGUAGUGCAGGAAAAUCCAGCAUCUUUGGACCAGCACUUGUCAGCUAUCAGCUUAGGUACUUGUCAUCAACACCAAAAACGUCUCCAAAUAGCACUCCAUAAGGCAAAAAGGAUGCCUUACCCAUUGAAGGUGUUGAUCUAGAAGUUUCAGGUCAAGAAGAUUCAAGGCUGGUUGAUGACAUGCAUGUUGAACUGUGGGACAAUGUUAUAUCUGAGUGAGCUGUUGAAACUUGGUGGGAAAACUGCUAGAAUAUUGGUCAAAAUGUUUUUCUGCUUUGUCAAGUGACAACAAUUAACUUCUUUUUGGUCUAAGGAUACUUUCAUGCUUUAAGAGAAAUACAGGAGUAUAUUUUGUAUAGAUGUGAACUUAUCUUUUUAUUUAAAAGAUUUGCCUUUCUUGACUUGGCAAGUUUUGAAAAUGCUACUUUCUGCCAGUGCUUCUACUGAACCUUGAUUUCUGUACUUGAGGGUGAACAAUGAUUGAAGUAGUUGAAUGAUACUCCAAAGGUGCAAGGUGUAGGAGCUAAAGUAAUCCGACUCUUGAUGGAAAAUUAUAGUAUUAGUUCAUUGGUCAA